AUCAACGAACGGAAUUAUACACUUUCGAUGGAGUCAAGCGAUUUUGAUUCAGAAAAUGUACCACGAGAGUGUUCAGAGCCGGAUUUCGCUCAAAAUGAAUCAACGGGCAAUCUCGCCGAUCUCGACGAGGAUGAAGAUGAAGUGCAAAUGUCUUCAAAAGAAGUGUUGGAAUCGCUUCAACGAGCUUGGAUAAACGAAAAAUUUGCUCCGGAUUUACUUCCCUUUGAAGAUGCACUAGUGGAAAUGGUGAUGAUACAACUGGUGCACAUGGAAGAGAAUUUAGCAUCUGCAGACAAGAACAAUCUACUCUACAUAGUGCACCGGAUGGAAGUGGAAAGAAUAAGGUUCGUGGUGGCAAGUUACUUGCGUUGCAGGCUACAAAAGAUUGAAACUUACGCGUCUUAUGUACUAGAUAGUGAAUCCACCAGGCCACAUAACAAGAAACGGCUAUCGGAUGCCGAGCACAAAUUUGCGGUCGAUUUCCACGAAAGCGUCGAAACGCAUUUCUAUCAGUUGGUUGUGCGUCACAUGCCUCAAAAUCAUCAAGACGAUGAAAGAGUUCGUCGUGUGGGACCAAACCUGGAUGCACAUGUGUUUGCACGCGCUAGGCAGGACGUGGGGGAGUUUUCACUCGGAGGGGGCGAACAUUCUGUAAAUGUUCGAAAAGGUGCCGUCCAUUUGUUCAAAUAUCGCGAUAUAGAAACGUUGGUCACGGAUGGUACCUUGGAACUGAUUUGAAACUGUUGGCAUCUCAAAAUAAUUCACCCUGUGUACAACAAAUUCAAUUUCGUCUUGCUGUGCUGUGUUGUGAGGUGGUUGCUAGGCUACCAAUGUAACUAAGUCGUAACCAAAGCAAGUUUCAACCUUC